AUGGCGGACGAAGCUUCUAAGAUAAACCACGACAGCCAACUCCUCCUCGACCAACAAUUCCUGCGUCUACCAUAUGAACUCCUGCGCAAAAACUUCCGGUCGUUCCACGUAGCCUUUGAGACUCAGUCGACAGAAAUCAAGAACACCCUUAAAGAUAUUGCCCAAAAAUCCUUUGAUGGAAAGUUGUCGAAGCAACAGGCCGACAAAGAGCUGGCCCAGAUCCAGAAUAAGCUGUACAAUCUGAAACGCAAGUUGGCAACAAGCACACAGGAGGAGGAUAGGUACUUUGAUCAGAUUGCUGCCAGGAGCCGCGAGACCCGUGAGUUCCUGACGUUGAAGACGGUCGAUGAUGUGAAGUAUGAGCCAUGGUCACGCCGCCGCCUGAAUCGCUACUUGAUCGACUACUGCCUGCGCCAUGGCCAUCUUGAUACUGCUGUUGAGAUGGCCAAAAAUGCCGAGAUCAAUGAACUCGUUGAUAUCGAUGCCUUUGUGGCGAUGGACAAGAUCCAACGGUCGCUCAGAGGAGGGAGUGUGCAAGAGGCUCUGACAUGGUGCAAGGAGAACAAGAAGGAAUUGCGAAAGAUGCAGUCCAAUCUGGAGUUCAUGCUCCGCUGCCAGCAAUACAUCGAGAUGGUCCGCACAGGCAAGAAGAUCGAGGCCAUCAACCACGCCCGCAAGUAUAUCAUUCCCUUUUCAGACCAAUACCGGGAAGAGGUAGAGACUAUCUGUGGCCUCUUAGCCCAUGGCCCCAACACGACUAUCGAGGAAUAUGCCUCGCAAUUUAGCCCGCUGCGCUGGCAUCAGCUGGCCGAUGCCUUCACAGAUGCUUAUUUGAAGCUUUUGAACCUCCCCAAUGCCCCUCUGCUUCACAUUGCACUCUUCACAGGGCUUUCUGCCUUGAAGACGCCUGCCUGCCAUGGCGCCGGCAAUGCCACCACUGCCUCCCAGUUAAGCGCAGAAGAUACGAACAUGGACGGAGUCGACGGAGUCAAUGGAGUAAACGGCGUUAACGGCACUAAUGGCACGAACGGGGUUAACGGUACUGCUACUGGUCGCCACAAGCAUCAUCAUCUCCACGGAACCUCUGCCGUGAGCAUGACGCGCGUAUGCCCAACUUGCUCAACAGAGCUGAAUGAGCUGGCCCGCAACGUGCGCUACGCCCAUCACUCCAAGAGCCGUCUCCUAGAUCAGGACCUGAUUAUGCUUCCCAACAAUCGCAUCUACGGUGUGGAGAGGCUGAGGGAAUAUGCAGCCAAGAGCGGGCUGGAGGGGAAGUACAAGGACCUGAUCACGGGUGAGGUUUUUGAAGAGGCGAAGUGCAUGAAAGUUUUCGUCACAUGA